UUUGAUGAUCCUAAACCCUGUGCCCCCGGACAGUUGACGGUCUGUGUCGGUUGCAAAAAAAUCAAGAUUUGCAUUGGGGCUGAAACAGAUGAUGAUAAUCCAGAGCAGGAUUGCCCAGCCGCUACACCACACUGCAACAGUGAGGAAGGUGGAGUUUGUUCUACCGUUCCGGACCCACUUGAAGAGUGUGCAGCAGCCGCUACAGAGUUCACCUGUACCGCCAUCGGAAAAUUCCCGGAUCCGUACUCCUGCGAUGGAUACUACUACUGUGAGACUGUCGGUGGUCUAGGAGAUGCCUACAAAUGUCCAACCGGCUACAACUACAACAGCAAGGUUCAACUGUGUCAAAGAGCUUUCGGUGCCUUUGGUGGGUGCCAACCGGUCAACUGCACCGGCGUAACAGCCAUCUUUACCCAGUAUCCGGGAAAUCCGCAGUACUUCUUCUAUUGUAAGCCCGGAGCGGACGAUAUGGUCCCAAAGGAACCGAUCAUGUUUUCGUGCGGCGAUGGGGCCUCGUUCGAUGUUAAGGAAAACAAAUGCAUCUACAAGUGUCCUCGCGAGGGACUGUUCAAGAAGGAAGGCAGUCCGGCGUCGUACUAUCAGUGCUACUUCGCCGGCGGAAGACUUGUGGCUAAGGAGAAGAAAUGUCCCGGUGAAGGUCAGGUGUUUGACGAAACGAAGAAGACUUGCUUGAAAAGUACGAUGACUGUGUCGUUUAGAAAACAAGUUUCUGGUGGAUAA